AUGGAAGAGUACGACUAUUCAGACAUCACGCCAUUGCCCAUCCAGACAGACGUGCAGGAUGAGCUGUGCCGCAUCAUGUACACGGAGGAGUACAAGCAGUUGAUGGGACUGACAAGGGCUCUGAUCAGCAUGAACGAACUGUCGCCCAGGGCACUGCAGUUGACGUCCCAGGUCAUCCACGUGGCACCAGCUUUCUACACCAUAUGGAACUACAGAUUCAAUAUUGUCAGACACAUGAUGGCCGAAUCAGAUGAUACCACCUCGUACUUGAACAAAGAGUUGGACUGGCUGGACGAAGUCACGCUGAAUAAUCCGAAAAACUACCAGAUCUGGUCCUAUAGACAAUCGCUCUUGAAACUACAUCCCUCUCCCACUCUUAAAAGAGAACUUCCUGUUUUAAAACUCAUGAUCGAUGACGAUUCCAAGAACUACCACGUUUGGUCGUACAGAAAGUGGUGUUGUCUGUUCUUCAACGAUUUUCAGCACGAGCUCGCCUACACUACCGAUCUCAUCCAGUCAGACAUUUACAAUAACAGCGCAUGGACCCAUAGGAUGUUUUACUGGGUGAAUGCGAAAGAUGUGGCCUCAGAAGUGGAAUUGGCCGACGAAUUUCAGUUUAUCAUGGACAAGAUUCAAUUGGUCCCGCAAAACAUCAGUUCGUGGACCUAUCUCCGUGGGUUCCAAGAGUUCACCCAUGAUACCAUUCAACAAGACGAAAAAGUGGUCCAGUUUGCCACGUCCUUCACUGCGGACGUCUUGUCACUGCCAAUCGGUUCACCACAGGAUCUGCCCGGAAUCGAGUCCUCAUAUGCCUUGGAAUUCUUGGCAAACCACUGGAGUGCGGACCCAGCCAGCCGAGACAGCGCAGUUAAAGCUUAUAACUUGCUAGCAAUCAAAUACGAUCCUAUCAGAAAGAACUUGUGGCAGCAUAAGAUAAAUAUCUUGAGCUGA